ACAGUCUGUCAGGUCCCUCGGAGUAUACAUAAGCUCAGAGAGAGGAGAGAGGGAAAGCCAGAGGGAGAGGGGGAGAGGGGAUCUGUUGCAGGCAGGAGAAGGCGUGACCUGAAUGGAGAAUGCCAGCCAAUUCCAGAGACACACAGGGACCUCAGAACAAAGAUAAGGCAUCGCUGACACCACACCGGGGACUGGGAAGAGCUCCCAGACAAGUGGGGGAGAAGGAACCAAAGCCGGGAGCACACAAGGAAGGAAAAUGAGGUUCCUGUCUUUCUGGCGGCUCCUCCUCUACCACGCUCUGUGCCUCGCCCUGCCGGAGGUCUCAGCCCAUACUGUGGAGCUAAAUGAAAUGUUUGGUCAAAUCCAGUCACCUGGCUAUCCAGAUUCCUAUCCAAGUGACUCUGAGGUGACAUGGAAUAUUACUGUCCCAGAGGGCUUUCGGAUCAAGCUUUACUUCAUGCACUUCAACUUGGAAUCCUCCUAUCUUUGUGAAUACGACUAUGUGAAGGUAGAAACAGAAGACCAGGUGCUGGCAACCUUCUGUGGCAGGGAGACCACCGAUACCGAGCAGACCCCCGGCCAGGAAGUGGUUCUUUCGCCUGGCACCUUCAUGUCUGUCACUUUCCGGUCAGAUUUCUCCAAUGAGGAACGAUUCACAGGCUUCGACGCCCACUACAUGGCUGUAGAUGUGGAUGAGUGCAAGGAGAGGGAAGACGAAGAGCUGUCCUGUGACCACUACUGUCACAACUACAUCGGUGGCUACUACUGCUCCUGCCGCUUUGGCUACAUCCUCCACACAGACAACAGGACCUGCCGAGUGGAAUGCAGCGGCAAUCUCUUUACCCAGAGGACAGGCACAAUCACCAGCCCCGAUUACCCCAACCCUUACCCCAAGAGCUCAGAAUGUUCCUAUACCAUUGACCUGGAGGAGGGCUUUAUGGUCAGCCUGCAGUUUGAGGACAUUUUUGACAUUGAAGACCAUCCUGAGGUGCCCUGUCCCUAUGACUACAUUAAGAUUAAAGCUGGUUCAAAAGUAUGGGGUCCCUUCUGUGGAGAGAAAUCCCCAGAACCAAUCAGCACCCAGACUCACAGUGUCCAGAUCCUAUUCCGCAGCGACAACUCAGGAGAGAACCGAGGCUGGAGGCUCUCCUACAGAGCAGCAGGAAAUGAGUGCCCAAAGCUACAGCCUCCUAUGUAUGGGAAAAUCGAGCCCUCGCAGGCCGUGUAUUCCUUCAAAGACCAAGUGCUCAUCAGCUGUGACACCGGCUACAAAGUGCUAAAGGAUAAUGAGGUGAUGGACACAUUCCAAAUUGAAUGUCUGAAGGAUGGUGCAUGGAGUAACAAGAUCCCCACCUGUAAAAUUGUAGACUGUGGAGCUCCAGCAGGGCUGAAACAUGGGCUAGUAACCUUCUCCACCAGAAACAACCUCACCACAUACAAAUCUGAGAUAAGGUACUCCUGCCAGCAGCCCUACUACAAGAUGCUUCACAAUACCACAGGUGUAUAUACGUGUUCUGCUCAUGGGACCUGGACGAAUGAGGUGCUGAAGAGAAGCCUGCCCACCUGCCUUCCAGUGUGUGGUCUCCCCAAGUUCUCCCGGAAGCAGAUCUCCAGGAUCUUCAAUGGCCGCCCAGCCCAGAAGGGUACUACUCCAUGGAUUGCCAUGCUGUCACACCUGAAUGGACAACCCUUCUGUGGGGGUAGUCUUUUAGGCUCCAACUGGGUUUUGACGGCUGCUCACUGCCUCCACCAUCCACUUGAUCCAGAAGAACCAACCCUACACGACUCAUACUUGCUCAGCCCUUCUGACUUCAAAAUUAUCUUGGGAAAGCACUGGAGACGCCGCUCAGACGAGGACGAGCAGCAUCUGCGUGUAAAGCACACCAUGCUCCACCCACUGUACGACCCCAGCACGUUUGAAAAUGACCUUGGUCUGGUGGAACUGUCAGAGAGCCCGAGGCUGAACGACUUUGUGAUGCCUGUCUGUCUGCCUGAGCAGCCUUCCGCUGAAGGAACCAUGGUCAUCGUCAGCGGCUGGGGGAAGCAGUUCUUGCACAGGUUUCCAGAGAACCUGAUGGAGAUUGAAAUCCCAGUUGUAGACUACGACACCUGCCAGGAGGCCUAUACCCCAUUGAAGAAGAAAGUGACCAAGGACAUGAUCUGUGCCGGAGAAAAGGAAGGGGGGAAAGAUGCCUGUGCUGGUGACUCUGGAGGCCCUAUGGUGACCAAAGAUGCAGAGAGAGACCAAUGGUACCUGGUGGGCGUGGUGUCCUGGGGUGAAGAUUGCGGGAAGAAAGAUCGCUAUGGAGUUUAUUCUUACAUCUACCCCAACAAGGACUGGAUCCAGAGGAUCACUGGGGUGAGGAACUGAGUUCGAAUCCCAGCCCAACACCAACAGAAGAUCAGUGAACGCAAGCAACCUUUCCUUUCUGGUCCUCAGUCUUCAUUGCUCAUUCCUGGGUGAUACUGUGGUUCGCUGAGCCUCCUUCCCCUGGUCUUUAUAGAGGCAGAGGAGCAAAGCCGGUCAGGCUGCGUCCAGGCUCCACCACUUAAAAUUUUUGUAAUGAUGGACAGCUGACUGCCUCUUUGAGCCUGUUCUUCAACCAUGAGAAGCCAAUGCCAGACCUUAUCUACCUCACAAAACCACUCUGAGGAGAAAGUUAAUAUAUACAUAGUACUUAGCCUGGUGUUGGACCUAAACUAUGUGUUCUAAAAGUGUGACUUAGCAAAAGGCAGCUGUGUCCACCGGGCAGGUAGAGGUCCCGUGUAAACACUCAGUAGGGUAUUAGGAAUGAUUACUGUCACCCCUCCACCCACCCUCAGCCAUUGCUUUAAUCUGUCCCCUAAAUUCUAAGCUUUUUCACCAAAUACCAUCCUCCCAAGCCCAGCCCCAUUCCCCCAUAAAAAUGUAAACAAAAUAAAAUUCUCAGCCCUAUGACAUGACCCCAGUCACACACCCAGCAAUGUCAUUUGGUGCUUGAGCUCAGUACCAAAUGGUAAGAGAAACAGGGCUGAGAGGAAAUGGUGGGUUGUGAAGUCAUAUCUGCCCUCUGUCUCUCGUGGGACCCUCACGUCUCUCGUGGGACCCUCACGACAAGUCUUUUCUUCUUGUUUUGAAGGUACUUGUAAGCUCUGACAUUCUAGAAUCCAAGGGAGUCAUGCCCCCUGUGAUGAAUUAGAUUCAAAGUAAUCCAGAAGAAAAAUGUUCACUAGGUUCAAAAGACAAAAUUUUCCUGCUGUCCCUAAAAUUCCCACAGUAAUCCACCAUACUCAAGCCCCAAAGGACAUAACCAAGGUCACGUGCAGCCAAAGAUCUUCCCCUUGCUCUAAAUAGAGUGGCUUUCCUGAGCCCCAUCCCCCUUCUCGCCUCUAAGCAUGGGCCGCACAAGGCAGGCCCUGGCAGGCUCAGCCUCUUGCUCUCUCUCUCUCUCUCUCUCUCUCUCUCUCUCUCUCUCUCUCUCUCUCUGUCACUCUCCUUCUCCAUCUCCACAUCUCAGAUGAGCUUAGGCUGCCAUUUCUCUGAUUCUUGCCCCUUUGUCUCACCAACCUGUGAACGCUUGUCUUUGAAGAAGUUUCUAGAAACCUCAUCCAAGAUAAGAUUUUUCAAACAAACAGAAGCCCGACCCUGAGUUUCUGUGCCUGAGAAUUGUUUUUCAUAGUAGACUUUGACCCUUGACCUGUAUUGCUGCUGCUAGAUUCCAGAAGAAUCGCUGGUAAAUGAGGAAGACAGUGAGGAAUGAGGACUUGAGGGCAUUAAGCCCAAGGCUCCACACUCAGGGACAACAAUUUGCCCUACUACCCCUCUGAGCAUGUCACUCUAUCCCUAUGUGUUUGACUAUUAUGCAAAGAGAUGGCCCAAACCCAAGAAUCAGGUACUGCUCAAGCGAGCUGCUACUCUAUUUUAGUUCCUGAUGAAGGCUUUUGAUGCAGCUUUGAAACUGCUUGGAGACAAUGUGCCUGCCCCUCCACAGCACUUCCUGAGCAGUCUGCUGUCCAGGACAUGGCGACUGCUGCUGUGGCCUGCUGAAGCGAGGAACGUAUGGGUCAUGGCUUCCAGACGUUCCUGGUGGAACUGUGACACACAUGUGACUUCCAUAGGGGAAUGACCCCAGACAAGUGUAUUUUAGAGAGGCAUGGAGAUAGAAGAAAGCCCGGUGUUGUACAUAAUUGAAGGAGGGGAAGGCCAAGAACCAGCCUAGAAGGCAAUGACCUUCAGAAAGUGAGUAUUUCCACAAGUGAGGCCAAGGAAACUCUUCUAGAAGAAUGGGAAUCUGCAUCCACUCAGAUACCACCAGACCCUCCCAUAGUAGUGAUAUUUCUAGAAAACCAGCAUUCAACAUGAGAACCAACAUCUUAACAGGCCUCUCUCCAAAAUUCUUCAUCAGGAACUAAAAAAGAGUAUUUAUCCUUAACACUCAGCGCUUCAAAAGCCUCAGGCUUCCCAUGCAGAUACCAACUUCUGGCUGGGCCCAGUUUAUUCUAUUUAUCCUCCAAAUUAUGACUUCAUCUUGAGAAAAAUAACUAAAUAUCCCAUGGAACUUGAACCUUGGCCUCCAAAUACCUAUGACAUGAUCUGGUGGUUUGAGUAAGAAUGGCCCCCAUCGUGUUGCUAUUUGAAAAGAUUAGGUGUCACCUUACAGGCGUCGGAGUGGCCUUGUGGAGGAAAUAAUGUUACUGGAAGUGGGCUUUGGAGGUUUUCAGAAGCCCAAACCAGGCUCAGGGUCUCAAGAUGUUGGAGUUUUGGCCAAUUCUCCAGCACCAUGUCUGCCUGCAUGCCACCAUGCUCUUGCCAUGAUAAAAACGGGCAAAACCUCUGAAACUGUAACCUAGCCCUAUUUAACUGCUUUUGGUGACAGUGUCUCUUCACAGCAAUAGAACACUAAGACAGAAGUCUAGAUUCUGUUAUGGUCCAAGAAACCUGAUCACCUAAAACUAGAGACACAGAAGGAUGGUGUAGCCUUGGAGUCUACCGUGUCUAAAUCCAUAACCUAAUACUAACCAACUCACUACCUACGAAUCCAGCCAGUUCCUAAGCAACUCUAAAAUGUGCUGCCCAUAAAAAAGCCCUGCCUUCCAGGCAACUGAAAUCUACCUCCCGAGAAAUUGAUUUGUAUAAUGAAAGCUGUGAUUUCAUACUGUGAGCGCUGGUAUUAGCAGUGAUGAUCAUGCCUGGGACUCAUUAGUCAAAGAAGUUGUUCUUAUGGGAAACUACACA